AUGUUGAUAGCUUUCCCUUUUUCUCUUGCGGGGGCGGCUAAGCAGUGGCUACGUGAAGAAGAACCCAACUCCAUUGCUACUUGGGAGGCUCUGAAAAAGGCAUUCUUGCAUCGAUACUACCCACCCGGAAAAACUUCAAAGUAUCGAAAUGAGAUCUCUACUUUCAAGCAAAAAGACGGGGAAUCACUCUAUGAUGCAUGGGAGAGAUUUAAAAGUCUAAUCAGAAAGUGCCCACAUCACGGAUUACUGGAUUGGAUUGUUAUUGAGACAAUCUACAAUGCUUUGAGGCAUGAGAUCCAGACUUCUUUGGAUGCUGCUGCUAGGGGUAACUUCAUGAUGAAAACACUGACCCAGGCCAAGAAAAUUCUUGAUGAUAUGGCCUCAAAUUACCACUGGCGAGAACAAUCAACUCCAAGGCGAGGUGGUAGGUAUGAAGUGGAUGCUAUUGUUGCUUUGACUAAUAAUGUACAGGCUUUGACAAGGAAGGUUGAGCAAUUGGAUGUAGCUGCAGUAAAUAAAGUUUGUGGUGCUUGUGGCUUAAAUGGGCAUUCUAGUGUUGACUGCCAACUUCAAGCCGAAGGGGUUGCUGCUGUGGAACAAGUCAAUGCCAUCCAAAAUCAGAAUGCGAGACAACAAUACAACCUCUAUUCCAACACCUUCAAUCCAGGAUGGAGGGAUCAUCCAAAUUUUUCCUACAGAAACAACAAUGCACAAAAUCCCUCAUCCUCGUACAACAUACCAUCGGGUUUCCAACAAAGACCUCCCUUCCCACCUCAACAACAACAUCCGCCGAAGUCCAACCUUGAGAGCUUCAUAGAGAACUUUAUCGCUACCCAAAGCAAGCAAAAUGAACACUUCAGCACCUCCAUUAAUCAGAUUUUAGCUCACAACAAAAUGAUCGAAACUCAGAUGGCUCAGAUGGCACAGCAAUUGAGUAACUUAUCCAUGCAAAAGGGGCAACUUCCGGGAUACACAGAAAAGAACCCAACCACAUCCCCCCAUCAGCAACUCAAUGCAGUAACUACGAGGAGUGGUAGGACACUUCAUGAUCCAGCCCCUAAAGUAAAAACUUCACCUAUUGUUGUUCAAGAUCUAGGAACUAUUGAUGAUGUUUUUGAAGAAAAGAAGGAUGAGCUAGUCAAUUCAGAUAAGCCCAUAAUUGCCGAUUGA